UUGCUUGGCCCGCGGCUCUUGAAGGGCUGCUUUCUCUUGGCUUCCGCUCUUUCCAGAAGUUCACCGUCAGUGGGCUGUCCUCCCCAGUCCGUGGUUCUUGCGCGCCCUCUUUGUUUGACCCGCUGUCCAUCAAGACAGUCGCCCCAAGACCUCAUAGAGAGAGACUUGUGUCGACUUUGGAGGCAUAUUGAGGAACAGACAGACGGACAUUGCGUGUCGCUCGACUGCCAAGCUCGACUUGCCGACUGACUGACCGGAGGCGGGGCCGGGUCGGGGCAAGCAAGCCGCUGCGGGUCGGAUCUGAUAAGGCCUGCCUGCAAAGGGUUCCCUCGGGCUCCAGUCAUCAUUAUAUUCCCACUAUGACCCGCUCCUCCACGCAGGCUCCGGGAGGAGGAGGCGGAGGAGGCGAGGCGGCCAUGUCGUCGUCGCCUGCAACGGUCUCUCCUUCACCACCAACCACCACCACCACCACGACUCGACGCCGGCAGCCGCCGCUCAAGCAGAAGAUGGCCCUCAGCCUCCAGUCCCUCGUCUGGUCGGCGCAGAGGCUCGUCCUCGGCGACACAACCGCCACGCCCGCCGACACAAACACCCCGGCGACUCCCGCGGGCCUCUUCCCGCCCACAGACCCGGCCGCCGACGGCGACGACUGCGCUCACGACUGCCAGAGCUGCUCCAUAAAGUACCCCUGCGACUUCAAGAUUGACGAGGCUGACCAGCUUUACGGCUACGUUAAGGGUUGGAGCACCUACGUCUUGGUUGCUACGGGCAAGUCGGACUGGGUGCGCGACGUCGCCGACGAAAAGGGCAGCGUCAUGCAGGCCCUCGACCGCCACACGUCGUCGCUGCCCUCCGAGGCGAAACAAAAGAUGGGCAGGAUGAUGCUCUCGGCCUCAAACAUCCCCACCCCUCACGGCACCAGCGACUACUCGGAGCCCACCACCGUCCUGCUCCUCCCGGCCUUUGCCGUCAUCCACAACGUCUCCCCGGCCACCGUGCCCGCCGUCGUCGACAACUUUGUCAGCCGCGCCGCCACGUCCACGACGCCUCUCUCCGCACCGCUGUCCAUCCCGCGCUCCGUCCCGCUGCGCGCGACGGAUAAUAGUACGACCACCACUGCCACCACCGCGGCCCUGACGGCAACACCGUCCCCACACAACGUGCUCAUCCUGCUCUGCAGCCAAAAGACGCGCGACGCCCGGUGCGGCCAGUCCGCGCCGCUCCUCAAGCGCGAGCUCGAGCGCCACCUGCGGCCCCUGGGCUUGUACCGCGACGCCGACGACCACAGGCCGGGCGGCGUGGGCAUCUACUUCAUCAGCCACGUCGGCGGCCACAAGUACAGCGCCAACAUGAUGGUGUACCGCCGCGCCAACGCCUUCGGGGUCGACGACGUGGACAGGGGGGCGGCCGCCGAGGCCGGUGGUGCCGAUGCCUUCAAGAUCGAUCCGCUGGCCAGGUUUAAGAAGAAGCCGACGACAACCACGACCACGGCCACGGCCACGGCCACGGAACCGACGCCGGCAGAAACAACAACAACAAAUGGGGACAAGGCAGAGGAGACGGAGAAGGAGAAGGAGAAGGAGAAGGAGGAGGAUGGUGACGAUGACAACGUCAUCACAGACGAGGGCGCAGCGCAGUGCAUAUGGCUCGCCCGCAUCAAGCCCGAGGACUGCGAGAACAUUGUGCGCUACACGGUGCUCCAGGGCCGCGUGGUCAAGCCCGACUCGCAGCUCCGGGGUGGGUUCGACCGCGGGAGGAGUCUGGUCAGUUGGUGAAUUUUCAUCCAUCCUAUAGACAGACAGGCAGGGGCCUUGUAGUAGACGCUGGCCAAAACGAGAGGACUAGAAAGCCGGCAAGACUAUAUAGAUACAAGGCGAAGAGGAGAGAAGUCGUGACGAGCAUAAAAACAAGUCGUCGCAGCCUAGAGUCGACGACAAGGGCUGGUCAGAACCAAGAUACAGCUGAUAGAGGAAUGAUACACGAGGCAAUGAUGAAUAAAAUCGGAAACAGUCAAGUGAAGACUUUCUGUCUUUUGA